UUUGGUGCUGAAGCAGCUGCUACGUCUGGUAAUAGCAAUAAUAAUGCUUCAAAUAAUGAAACCGUGUCUCGUAGUCUACAAUAUCUGAGGGAUGAAUACCACGACCUGUCAAGAUCUAAUUCUGGUGUCGUUGAUCAACUAAAGGCAUUAAGCCGUCGUCUUAAUAAGCUUAGCGCUGAAGUCACACGUGUUGGCAACGCCAUUGACGAGGUUGAGGAAUAUAGCUACCAAUUUAAUGUAAAAAUAAUUGGCCUGCCAGAGAAAAGCAGUGAAACCGCAGCUGAAAUUAGCGCCCUGUGCAUAAGAUUAUUCCAGGAGAUGGGGACAGAAGUGUUUCUGUUGGAUGUUGACAUUGCUCAUCACGUCCCCUCGAGGCAGCAAAGUGGCGCUCUGAAACCGGUCAUCUGUAAAUUUGUAAGACGCCUUGCAAAAACAAGUGUCAUGGAAACUCGACAAAGUGCCUCUCAAGUCAACCCAUCAAAUAUUGGUCUGUCUGCUGAUAGUGUUCUUGACAGAGUCAGAAUCUUUGAUCACCUCACCCCCAAAAAACAACAUCUGUUGUUUGAAGCGAAGAGAUUUAAAGAACAGAACCAAUACCGCUUCUGCUGGGCCAAGAAUUCCACGAUUUGUUUACGCAAGAGUGAGAGUUCCCGACCAAUAAAGAUAACGGAAAUUGGUAGUCUACAGCGAAUUGUCUUGGACACCUGACAUUAUCAGUUCGAUAAGUAUCUACUAUGAUCUACUUUAGUUAGUUUUAUUCAUGAGUGCUAACAAUCAAAACUCUCACGAUACUCUAUCUUUAUUCCUUUGAGCUCCCAUAUUUUGGAUUAAGUGUAAACUUAGCUCAUGGUCAAUUUAAUAAUUGUUUACCUUCCCAUUUGCCGGCCAAAAAAUAUCUAGAAAAACUCUCUAGCAUUUAUGACCUUAAUCUUUUCAAGCUAAACGCACUUAAAGACACCAAUCCUGGUGGUAGUCUCUAUAAUCAUUGUAUUCAUAGUCGAUACUGUUCCCCAUAUAGUUUCUACAAAUUUAAAAGUGAACUUCCCAGUCAUGUCAGUGAUUCGAGCUUCUCUCUUUUACAUAAUAAUAUCAGGAGUCUUAAGCGAAACCUUGAAAACUUUCAAGUUCAUCUAUUGGACGAGUUAAAUUUCGAAUUUAGCAUUAUAGGAGUCUCAGAAACUAAAAUAAUCAGUGGUAAAAAAUGGAUUUUAAUCCAAGCAUACCUGGAUAUGUUUUCGAAUAUGUGCCGACACCUAGCUUCUGGAGGUGUUGGCUUGUAUAUUAAUGAUUCCCUGAAAUAUACUGUCAUUGAAAAA